AUGGCGAGAGGUAAUAGGUAUCAGAGACACCAACUAGGUCCUUACUACAUGGAACCUCCCCCCGAGCUUCACUUGCGCGAAGGAUUUGUUGUGGGCCAGCCAAUUCCAGCCCCCCCUUACAUGGCUCAAGGCAUGACCCCAGGCACGAUUCGACUGAUUCCAAGUCCUCCUUAUAUGGCCACAGGCCAGUUUUCUAUGAUUCCGCCUGGCUCGAUUCUCGCUCCACCUGGCUUUGCACCUCAGACGCCCGACGGAAGGCUUCCCAGCUCGAUCUUGCAUCCGCAGCCGUCGGGUUAUCCUGCCACUGCCUGGAGUCCUGGACCGAUUCUUGAUUUCUACAACCAGUAUGAUGACGCUGGGGUGAGGAGGGGCAACGGGAACCAGCCUCCCCAUACUCUCUCAUCCAUGCAACAUCCUCCACCCCCACGGCCAACGCAAGCAGGUUGUUCAGGGUAUUACGGUCGACCUGUCCAAACCAUUCCACAAAACCAGGCUGUUCACCCAACGUUAUCUAGCCAUUCAGCUCAAUCAAGUCAGCAGAACCAGCUGGCCCAACUUCCAUACCUUCAGUCUGCCCAGCAGUAUCCAUAUCAAGCUAGUCCUGUGUCUAACUACCCAGGUGCACCUUCAGCACAGCAGCAACCGCAGUAUUGUUCAAGCCGGGAAUGCCCAAUGCCAGAAGCAGCGGUUAGCAGCAUGGUUUCUCGAUUGCAGGACCUUCAGCUUCGUGGCGAUGCUCCCGAGUUUCACCCAAAAGAACAGAGACAGCAGAAGACGAAGAAAGGCAACUGGAUGGUUGUUGAUAGCUCUUGA